AUGCGCGCCCGCCGGUCAAAGAGAUACCGCAAGAUCAUGUCCGCGUACCAAAUGUCCUUCUCCUUCCGCGAACCGUACCAAGUGCUCCUGGACUCUCACUUCCUCAAGACAUGCCACUCCUUCCACAUGUCGCUGCAAAAAUACGUAGAAAACACCCUGCACGGGAAAUGCAACCUCUUUGUCACGAAAUGCACGCUUGCGAAGAUCAUGGACGCGCACCAGAAGCAGAAGGAACGCAACGCAGGAGAAGGCAAAGCGAGGGGCCCGACCCGGCCUGACUUCCUGCCCCCACCGACGGAGGUCCCCCUGCGGCAUUGCAAGCACAAGAAUGACGAGGGCGAAGAGCUGGGCAUCGUGAGUGAGGCGCGGUGUCUGCUCGAUCUUCUGGCCGGACAGCCGCGCGGCAACGAGCACGCCAAGAAUAAACAGCACUAUAUCCUUGCGACGGCGGAGGCGGAGGAGAGGGAACAACGCGGGCGAGGAUUCAUCGACGUGCGGGAGAGAGCGAGGUUAAUUCCCGGUGUGCCGAUCAUAUAUGUCAAGAGGAGUGUGAUGAUUCUCGAGGAGAUGAGCGGAGUCAGCGAGCGGGCGAUCAAGAAGGUGGAGAAGGAAAAAUUCGACGAAGGGUUGUUAGGGCUUGCUGGGCGGAAGAGAAAGAGGGGUGAGGAUGACGAGGAAGGCGAGGGCGAGCGAGAUGAUGAUUUCUUUGGAGACGAGCAACGGGAUGGUGCGACUACGAAGACCAGAGGCAUGAGGAGAGCUAAAGGGCCAAAUCCGCUGAGCGUUAAGAAAAAGAAGAAUAAAGAGCCGGCCAAGGUAUCACGACCGGGAGAGGGUGAUGCACCCGUCGAUUCAGAGGCCGAGCCCAAACGGAAGAAGCCGACGAGAAGAGGCGGCAGAAGAGUUGCAGCAAGAAGGGACUCUACGGAACAAGAGACGGCACAAGAGCCUUCUGCGGGAACGGGGUCAGAAGCGUGA